AUGACCAUCGACAAUCCAAAUGUGUCGUCAAUAGUCCGCAUGUUGGUAGCCGAUAUCAUGGGCAUUCCUGAUGAACUAGGGGAUGCCCGAGUAAACGAGAGAUUUCAUUGGGCCUUAUCGCCUCUAGCAUGUAAACAAGUGGAUUUCGGCAUCGCUGAGAUCCCUGAGAAUUCGGUGCUGACGAGCCUCAUCAGGACGCUGGAGCGGGAAGUGAACAGUACCGGCGGCAAGUCCCUACCCCCUUCACUGCAGUGCCAAACGCUAGUUAGGCAAUUACAGACAAACGGCUCGGUGCUGAAAGAAAGAGCGGCCAUUCUGCGGUUUCUGGCUUUGAUGAUGGGGACGGCUGAUAAGGAGAACCUGUGUGGGAAUAUGGACGUCCUUGCGCACGCGUGCACGCAGCCUACACCCAACAAUGAGGGAGCAGCGGUGAAGAUGCUCAGUGGCUCCGUAGCGGCUCGAGGACCUUCCAACAGCAACACUUCGAAUGAAGUUAUAUCGGUUGUUGAAAUCAAGGGGGCGACCGAGUCGGAGCUCGUACGAGACUUAGUAUUCGUUCUGCAAGGC